AAACGCGCCGUCGACGAUGGAGUCGUGCCAGACCGAUUCCGCCAUUUUAUAAGCUAGUUUCUUUUUUCAUCGUAGCGAUUGAAUAAAAUUAAUGCGACCUGCUGGCUAAGCUGGCUUCCGGGCAAACAGGUCGCCGCGUAAAGUUCCGAGAAGAGAUGAGAAUAACGGGGCCGAGGCGACGCUGACGUAUCUCGUUUCGGUUGAGCGUUCGUCUUGGACGUGAGAAAGCGUACAGUACUCGUUAUCCCUGAUCUUUUCAGUCUUUUCAUCUAAUUAAUUUUCAUCAUCCAAUUUAAUUUAAUUCCGGGUAACUGCUACUUUGGACGGAGCGCAGUAAGCGCAGUUGCUUUCCGAGAAAUCUUAAUCACGCUCCCCCGUCGCGAAGAGGUGGUUUUUAAAUCGAGGAACUCUCCAGUCGAGGAGCCGAGGCAAGCGGGUCGCGCGUGCGCGACUGUUUGAUCGCUGACGCAAGGGAGUACGUCAGCUGUUUUGUUAGACUCUCUCGCGGCGGAUAGACGUGCGUGUGCGUCCGUCGUCGUCGUCAUCGUUGUUGUCGUUGAUCGUUGUCGUCGUCGUCGUCGCCGUCGUUGCCGUUGCCGUCACCGUCACCGUCGUUGUCGGGAGAUGCAUCGGGUGUUGUAUUGUUGACUUGGUGGGGCAUCUCUCUCUCUCUCGCGCAACUUUCGUCCGUCACACGGCAACGGGCUCUCGCGCACCUUUGUUCGCCGUACGCGCGCGUGAGAAGAACUGCGUGCGCGUUUCCGUGCGAUUCUGCGUGCGGACGACGCGUUCGCGUGCGUGUCGCCGUCGCCGUCGCCGUCGAGGCAUCACGCGCUCGCUCUCGCUCUCGCUCUCGCUCUCAUCGCCUCGGAUCGGAUCCUCGGGAGAGCGACCCCGAUUGAUCCCGCGGGACGUAGGACGUUCCGCGCGUGUGGGAGACGUCCGUCCCGGACCCCGUCGUCCGUGACUACUCUUGACGCGACAGAAUCGGAAACGUCCUCGUUCGUAGUGGUAGACACACAUUGUGAUACUCCGAUAGAUAGAGAGAGACAGACAGAGAGAAGAGUAGAGAGUGGAAAAACAUGGCACAGCCGACGAGCAGCGCGCUACGGGCGCUCGCCCUGGAAUACAAGAGCCUGCAGGAGGAGCCCGUCGAGGGCUUUCGCGUCAAACUGGUCAACGAGGACAACAUGUUCGAGUGGGAAGUCGCGAUCUUCGGUCCGCCCGACACUCUCUAUCAGGGCGGAUAUUUCAAGGCACACAUGAAGUUCCCGCCGGAUUACCCGUACAGUCCACCGAGCAUUCGUUUCAUGACAAAAGUUUGGCACCCGAAUGUAUAUGAGAACGGUGAUCUGUGCAUAUCAAUUCUGCACCCACCCGUUGAUGAUCCACAGAGCGGCGAAUUGCCCUGUGAGAGGUGGAAUCCGACGCAAAAUGUCAGGACCAUCCUGCUAUCGGUAAUCUCGUUGUUGAAUGAGCCCAACACAUAUAGUCCAGCCAACGUUGACGCGUCUGUGAUGUACAGACGCUGGCGUGAUUCCAAAGGAAGAGACAAGGAAUAUGAAAAUAUCAUAAGAAAACAAGCUCAAGCUGCCAAAAUGGAAGCGGAAAAAGAAGGUAUUGUCGUGCCUGUAACUCUGGAGGAUUAUUGCAUAAAGACUCGAGCGAGGCCGGCCGAACAACAACUAGAUAUGACAGACUUCUACGAUGACGAGUACGAACUGGAUGACGAUGAGGAUGAGCAGUUGAGCGCGACCGAUUACGAGGAUGGCGACGAUAGUGGCAAUGGGGAAUCGUGAUCCAUUUCUUAAAUGAUAAUAAAAAAAACCGCGAAUUCGCUAAUUAUUAUAUAUCAGUUCUGUAUAGAUUAAUAAAUUAACGAGCUUCUAAACCGGAUGCUCUUCUAUUUUUUUUUUUUUUAGAUGUGCUACUAAAUUCAAGUAAAUAUAUAUUCUUUUAUUGAAAUCGUAUAUAUCUCUCUUAAACCAUCGUCAAUAUUGCCACUUAUGUUUUGUAAACAAAUUCAUAUCUAGAUAGACAAACUCUUGCAUGAGUUGCACGUUUAUUUCGAAAGCACAUUGUGCAUAUAUAUGUACAUAUGUAUAUAUGCUUCAAUAUGAUUUUAUAUUUUUGACUAUAAAAUAAAAAAUUUAUAGGCAAGUCGCAGGUUGAACAUCAUUACUACAGUUUGUAACUUUUUGUUUAAAAAAAUAAAAUAAUUUUCAUAAUUACUUUUAAGGAAUAAUAAGAUUACCUGCUCAAUGGUGGUUUAUGAAAGAUAGUAUUCUUUAACUCUCGCACUCUGUCGAAAUAUUUGUUAGCGAAAAUUGGAUUAUUUUGUGAAUAUUUAUGAUGCAUAUUUAGAAAAUCUUAAUUAUUUUAUAUUGUGUGCAUAAUGUAAUAAACAUACACAUAUUAAGCUUAAUAUAUGUUAUACGUAUUACACAAAUGUACGGUGUAUGUAUUAUAUAAAUAUGUAAUACAAUACUUUGCGGAAUUUCAUUAUAAAAAAAUUACAUAAAAAAAAUUAACAAAGCUACAAAGAAUGAUCCAAUUUUGGCUGGCAGAGAGUUAAUAGAACGAUUGGAAUGUUAAAUAAUCAUAUGAAAUUAUAUAUGGAGAAUUCCGUGUUUACAAGCUCUUUAACUUAAGCAAUAUGCAUACGGCGCGCGUGCGCACGAUGGAUAUAAGUACUAUGGAUAGGAGCACUUUGCUUGUUGUGUUGUGGCUGGCACUUUGAUCCUUUUAAAUAGAAAUGGACCAAUUGAUUUACCUUGCAAGGACAAACGUUCGAUAAAAAUGAUCAUAUGUAAGUACUAUAAGUACACGAUCAAUUUUUUUUAUAUAGGACAUUUAGUUUCACGCCUCUUGUUCAAAGUUGUAAACGGGUACAUCAAUUGAUCCUAAAGUAUAAUAUCUACAUAAAAUUUGCGUUGUUUUCGAUAAUUAUUUAUGAUUUUCGAUAAUUAGUUAUGAUAACACAAAGCAGAAAAAAAUCGUCAGGGGAAGAAUUUAAUCUAGUGUAAGAAAAAAUAAGCUGCCGAAGACCUGUUAAAAAUUGUCAGUAAUAAAUUUGGCAUCUUUCACACACUAGAAUCCAUAUUACAUAUUGAUAUCAUUAAUUAUAUUUAUAUAUGUAUGUGCAUCCAUAUAUCGAUGUAAUCAUACCGAUAUUUUCGCCGUAUUACUUUACUGAAUUACAAGACGAAGUUAAUAGCAACCAUGUUUUUAUUUCUUCGCGGGUCUGAACGAUAGACUCAAUCAUGGCUUUUAGAAGGAUACAACUUUUAUAUUUUAAUUUUGAUUAUGAACAUCAAAUGUCUCGAGAAGAAGAAAACUUAUAAUGAAACUUAUACGCGCUACAGCCAUAAAAGUUUAGCUUAUAAUUUUCUUAAAGAUCUCUCUUUGCUACCAUCUUACACAAGAGGAAAUGAAGCUUUCUUUAGAUAAAAUUGGUUAAAUGUAAGCUUACUAUUUAAGUGAAAGAUAUACCGGAUACAAAACUAAUCGACUUUAGUAGUGUAUCUGUGCUCGUAUGACUGAAAUUGUAAAUAGUACGUGAAACUCAAUUUUAAAGAGACACAAAAUAUAUAGGUGGUACUCUUUUACUUAUUUCUUUACUAGAGCCACUUCAUUGAAAGACCAAUAUCGGAUGUUGAAAGUGUUUAAAUGAUAAAAAAUAAAACAAGAGGACAUUUUUAAAAAAUCCCAAUAGCUAAGCAUAUACUCUGCGCUUGUAGUAGUAUUGUAGCUGAAGUGAAUAUUCCCUAGUUCCUUCGACGUAUUGUAAAAUCUUUUCUCAUUUCAUGUUUUUUCUUAUAUAGCUAUUUAAUAAUAGAAAACAUACAAAGUACUGAAAAAAAAAAACAAUAAUUUAUAUAUCGCAUAAUUCUUUCCUCCUCUUUUUGUACAUACCAAUAAAAAGUUUUUUCUUCGUACAGUUAUUAAUAAAAUUAGCGUAAUACUACCACAUGCUUUAUCGAUAAUUUAGUGAGUAUGGGUAAUGUGUCAGGUAAUAUUAAUCAUUUACUAUUAAUUACUACCUUUUUCACAUGAUGAUAGGCUAAUGUGAAGAAAUAUGUGUAAAUACAUUUUAUUAUGGCAAAA